AAGCUGCGAACGUUUGCCCGAAGAUGAUCUCCAAAUGAAAGGAUUAAUAUACUGCUCGUAAUUAAAAAUUACGAUUACGUUGAGUGCUGUUUUUGUUCUUCCACAAAAUGAUGGAGAAUCGAAUAGAAAAGAAAAAAAAAAGAAAAGUGGGAGCCAUGUAUCCCACCUUUUAUUAACAUACAAGGUGUAGUAGUCGUACGUGGUAGGGAGGGGGCUGUCGUAAUACGCGUUGAAACAACACUCGAGCUUCUUCAAAUGUGGAUUCAUUUGCGUCACGCACGUAAGCGCUUCGCAGGUAGUUUAGUUUUGCGUUAGUAAUCGCGCGCGAGUGCCGUACAGUAUCGAGUGCGAGCUGCAACGUGGUUUCGAGAUCAAACGCGCACAUUUCAAAGAUCAAUCUAUAUAUUUCUAAACGCUCUCAGGCGAUAUAUCUCACGAUACAUUUACAUUAAUAAAAUGCUUGAAAUCACGUUGACGUGAAGACUUGUCUCGCGCACCUGUACUCGUGCUUUAUUACCGAGCGUAUUUACCAUACCCCCCCCCCCCCGGGUCGAAUAUAUCCUUUAAAUUUCAAAUAAACAGCUCGUUGAGCUGUUCGAUCUACGUAAUUCGUUUUACAGUUUAAAGUUAAUCGACUGAAAGCGAAGAAAAUCGCAAGUGAACUGGCAAUGAAGAGGUAACAUGUGUGUUACAAUCUUUGUUUCAAAAGGUCCAAGUACUUUGCGCUCAGCCACACACCUGCGGACCGAGUUAACGAAAAAAUGUUCAUAUUCGCAUUACUUUGUUAUUGUGUAAUUACUAUUCACGGGUUCGUCUUUCAAGAAGCUUUGGAGUGCGCUAGGUGCCUGACGCUAUGUCGAAAUGUGAGUAAGAUCAGGGGCAGCAUUUCACUUGUCGUAAUGCGUCGUACGAUGCAUAUUUUCGCUCGAAUUAAAUAAGGAUGUGAAUCGGAAACCGUAUUAUGCUCCGUCUUUGUCAUCUGAUGUUUCACACGCUUUUCACGCUUGAUAAUUUGAGUCACAUCCGUGACUCGUGGACUUCGCAUGAAAGUUUGCAAUGUUUUAGUUUACACUAUGAGAUCUACUUUCAAAGAUAUAUAUCGGCAAGUGCAACGUGUAACGUAAAGUGAUUCUAUGUCGACAAGAUAAUAACGCUGUAAAAAAAUUCGGAGGACUUUGCAGCGAUAGCGAGCAUAAAAUUCGAUACAUGUCACGGCGAUAUCGAGAUAGGAACGCCAGAGGUAUGACACCGAACAGGUAUAUAUAUUUAACAAAUGAACCGUGUCGAGGGAGGUAUAUUCGUACGUAUAUCGUAUGUAUAUCUUUCGCGUCUCUCUCGACUCGUUCAACAAAACAAGUUGCGGUAUAAAAUAAGAAUGCGAGACAACUGUCUCGUUAUCUAAAUGUUAUCUAAAGAACACACGACAAUGUGACGGUGUUGAAGAAAAGGAAUGUUUUUCUUUUUUUUUAUAUAUAUAUAUAUAUACUUUACACUCCAAGCCAAACGACACUCAAGUAUGUAUCUUUCCGAGAGAGUGACUCGGUGGCUCUUGACGGACCUCGCUCGACGAAAUUCACCCAUGUUGAAACUAUGUCUGUUUUAUAGAGACACGAAAUAAACAUACAUGUUCAACGACACUGGACACAUUUUAGAUCUUCGUUUCGACAUCUGUCAACACCUGUGUCAAUAUCCCUCAAACAUAGCUACACGCGCGCCGCAUUCGACUCCGCUGCUGCAAAAGCAUCGAUGUUGCAUACUUCACGUUCUCUUCCGACGUGAAUCGUGCCGGAAUAAUUGUCCACUGAUUGCGGGCGAAUUUGAGCCUUAUCCGAGAAUAAACGAGGAGGCUGGCGCAAAUGUUAGUCUGCAUUGCAAGGGAACGAAUGUGCUUAUGAUCAAACACAAUCCUGGAAUCUAUGUUAUCGAGCAAAGCGCUUCUAACGACACUUGGGACGCGACGGUAGUGGUAAAUAGCAUCGACGGAUUAUCGACAUUUUUUAACUUGACGGCGAGCACGUUUUAUCGUUACCGUUUGCACAGAAUAACACAGCACGGAGUAUCAUUAGCCGAGACGUCUAAUUGGUUCUCAACUUAUGCAGCUGAUCAUCAACCACGCGCAGUCGAACACGUAUCACUGCUAAAGAUCGAAGUAGAUGAUAAAAAUGCUUGCAAACUACGAGCAGAAAUUGUUUUUAAACCUGCCGAAGAUCGAAGCUGUAAUUACAACGUGUUAUCUUGGUCGGGGGAGCAUAACUUGGUCCAUUUUGAUAUAGAAAAGAUUUUAGAUUUCCGCUUCUUUCUCAGACACUUACAGUACGACCAGAAUAACACCGUGGCGAUUGUGUCCGGCAACGAUGACUUCUCCAAGAUCAGUAACACGACGACAUUCACUUUUCUCACGCCAUCAUGCUUGGAGAUUCACAAUAACCUGAGUAUCUGCGCGCCGGAAGUGGUAAAAGGCCUGCGAGCAGUGCAUAUUAAAAGGCGCAAAGGAUCGUACGAUAUCAUAGUCAGCUGGAAUAAACCCGCCUUGCAACCGGACAAUUACACGUUACAAAUCGAUUCGUUUCUAUUCGAGCCACGUCUAUUGAUUGUACCUGGAAACGCGGUUGAGGCUCUCUUCUUGGAUGUCGAUGUAGGGCCGCGGUAUGAUGUUGGUAUCGUGGCGGAAUCACCGGGCGGUGUGAGCUCGCUGUCAAGUAUAACGGAGAAUAUUGACGAGGAAGUAGCAAUUGUGGAGCUAUCCUAUCGCGAGAUUAUUGUGGCAUUACCGACGUUGAUGAUUAUCGCGGUGGUGUUCGGGGCGAUUUGUGUACAGCGUCGUAACAAGAAGAUUGAGCAAACUAAUAUGGAAUAUAUGCAUUUCGAGGACUCCACAGACUUCCUGAAGAAGCCUUUGAGGCGAGAUUACGCGAUCGAGAGUGGCGAUACUCUUCUGCUGCGUGACAAGUUCGAGAUCAGUCCGCAACAACUGAAGUUAAAGGAUGUACUGGGCAGUGGAGCGUACGGUAUCGUCAGAUUUGCCAGCUUGCAGGAUGAAUUCGGUGCUGUUACUGAUGUAGCUGUGAAAAUGAUGAAAGAUGAUCCGACGGUGGAGGAUAUAAAGAGUUUUCAUCAAGAGAUCUCAAUGAUGAAGUCGGCCGGUCAGCACCCGAAUAUAGUGUCUUUGAUUGGGUAUUGCACUUUGUACGAUAAACCAGUACUAGUAGUGGAGUAUUGCAGCAAGGGAGACUUGCAGACGUAUCUAAGAACGAUUUGGCAGAAUUUAGUGAAUGCCGUAUUCGAGCGUAGAACGCGACUGAAAUUCGUCCCGGUGACUUUCGUCAAUAAAGGCGCGGAUCAAGGAAAAAACAGUCCUUAUUGCAACAAAGUACGAACAAUCGCCAAUCGUUUGUACGAUAUUCAACAAGACGUGAUAAAAUACACGGAAAACGUCACGUGUGCGGAUUUGUUGAGUUUUGCCAGGCAAGUGGCUACAGGAAUGGAAUUUUUAUCUUCUAAUCGGAUAGUGCACCGUGACUUGGCUGCUCGCAAUGUAUUGGUACGACCGGACAGAGUGGUGAAAAUUUCAGAUUUUGGCCUCAGUCGUGAUAUCUAUCAAGAGAAUGUUUAUCGAAAGAAGGGAAAUGGUAAAUUACCGUUAAAAUGGAUGGCAAUCGAGGCUUUAACGCAUCAAAUAUACACUACUUAUAGCGAUGUAUGGGCCUUUGGCAUUCUGUUGUGGGAAAUCGUCACUUUAGGCGCAAUGCCGUAUCCCGGUACUCCUACAAAUAGAAUUUUGCAUCUUCUCAAGUCGGGGUACCGCAUGGAAAAACCGCCAAACUGUAGCAGAGAAUUAUAUAAUAUCAUGUACUCAUGUUGGAAUCUGAGACCUCAAAGUAGACCUACUUUUACCGAAUUGAAACAAAGCUUGGACAUGUUACUCAGUAAUUACUCGGAAAACAAAUAUCUGAACCUGUGCGAGGCUUUGCAAGAAUCAACCGGCGAAAGCAGCGAGCCAAGAUCAACUAACGCGUGUUAAAUAGAGUUAGUAUGUAGAACAGUGAUAAUAGAAA